AUGGAUGUGAUUAUAUAUAUCCAGCUAUCACUUCUGUGUACUGUGAACGUAUUUUUUACUGUCGUUGGAGUAUUCCUGAAUACGCUCGUUAUACUUUGCCUUUUGAAAUCUUCACAGCUUCAGAAGAAGUUGUGUUAUUUCAUGCUAAUGGUGCUGUCGCUUUUUGACUUGUUUGCAGUUGUGACGAAUCAUCCUAUGCUGAUAAUAUAUUCAAUCGUUUGGAUGAUCGAAGACUACGAAAGAUUGGGAACGUUGUACACGUAUGUGGACAUCACGGAUAUAUUCCUUGGGUUUUCAUUGCUUACGCUUUUGGUCAUGAACCUCGAUCGCUACCUCGCGAUUGUUUACCCUCUUUUUCAUAGAACCUCGGUGACUAGGCGUAGACUUGUUGUAUUUCUGGCGAUAUUUCUUCUCUUCGAGGUAAUCUUGGCAGGAAUCUCCAUAGACAACUUGGUCAUCUCCGAUGGGAUGGCCACCUUGAUUUUUGCUACCGUUGUCUCGCCUCCGCUAUUCUUCAUUAACUACAAGUUGUUUAUCGUCGCCAGAAAGAUUAGCAAGAGGACCGCUGCGUCUUCAGCUGGUUUAAGAAAGCCGGUUUGCUUGAAAAACAUUUCAAGUUGUCUCCUGGCUGUGGCCUGCUUGCUCUGUCUCUACCUUCCUAUGAGCGUCUACAUUGCCUUAAGCAUCGCAGAGAAAUCAAAGCUGUCGCCUAAAGUGAAAAUAUCCUGGCUCUGGACAAAAACUAUCAUCGCUACGAAUUCUACAUUCAAUUGUCUUAUAUUUUUCUGGAAAAACAAAAUGUUGCGUUCUGAGGGAUUGACGGUUUUAAAGUUACUGCUUGGGAUGUGCACAAAACAAUAG